AUGCGGACGGCAGAAGCAGCUAGAAGCUUUAGCGGUGGUCUCAAAAGUCACAGAACCACUCCCAGCGGUCAGAAUCACAGAAACGCAGCUCCCUUCUUCGGCAGCGACACCUGUGGCGGCAUGAACCCUUUUCUGACGGCGGCAGUUCCGACGGGGGCGGCGCCGGUGACGCUAGCACGGCUGGGCACGGUGGUUGAACCCCAACUCAGCCUCAGGUCUCUUUGUCUCUCCUCUGCUCUCGAGCUCUCUCCCUCUGGCUCGACCAUAAGCGACGACGACGACUCCACGGCGGGAACGACGACGGCGUGGCAUUACUAUGCACCAAACAGUAACAAUAAUUCUUCCUUUUCAGUACCAACACAGAUAGUGCCUCAUGCCUAUGACUCAGCCUUUGCCUCUCUUCAAUUCCAAUAUCCAUGGCCUUUAGCCUUUGAAGGGUUUCCAGAAGAUAGAGCUGCAAGUGCUUCUAAGAGCCAUAGCCAAGCAGAGAAAAGAAGAAGGGACAGGAUCAAUGCACAGCUUGCAACUCUUAGAAAACUGAUUCCUAAGUCUGAUAAGAUGGACAAGGCUGCAUUACUAGGGAAUGUAGUAUAUCAUGUGAAGGAUCUAAAGCGAAAAGCGAUGGAUGUGAGCAAAAGCAUCACAGUUCCAAGUGAAAUUGAUGAAGUAACAAUAAUAGAGUGUGACCCUGAUCAAGAUGAAAGCUAUGCUAAAGUGAAGAUACUGAAGCACAACAUUGUAAUUUCAGUUUGUUGUGAUGAUAGACCUGAACUUUUCAGUGAACUCAUUCAAGUCCUAAAAGGGUUGAGGCUCAUAAAUCAAGAUCAUAACAUAUUCAGAAGCAGCAAACAGCUAACAGAAGUAGCAAAACAGAAGCAGCAAAACAUACUCAAAAUAAAAAACAUCAGAAAAUCAGAAUCCAAAAUCAAGAAGGCAGCAUAG